AUGUGUUCCGUAGACCUCGCUAGCCGCUUGCGCCUUGCGCCACAUGCGAAUGUGACGAGUGAGGCAGCGCGCAUCUCGAUUCGGCAGGAGCGCUACUACGCGUCGCUGGCCUCCGAGGCGAACACCAAGAGCCUGCCCCCGGUGCUCACCAAGAUCCGCGAGGAGAGCUCCGUGCGCUUCCUGCACAAUUUGCAGCACUACCGCCAGGACGUGUACAAGAUCAUCGACGACGACACCUACGAGGUCAUCAGCGACGGCAGGAGGCAGCUGCUCUGC